CAGCCACCUUUGAUUAUUAUUAUAGUAGAUAGCUUCCAGUCACUACUAUCUCUACUUCUAUCACAGUAUAGCAGACCAGUGCCUCAAUCCUCUCCUCCAGCUCUAACCCCCAUUCUCUUUGAAAAACCUCUCCUUCCCGCAACAAUUCCCGACGCCCCUCUUUUUCUUCCCGCGGAACCCAAACCUGAGGUGGAGCAACACAAGCAUUCAAGUGCGUAUAGAGAAAAAAAAAAGCCCACUCACACUACCUAUCCACCUAUCUACUACUGCAUGGCCUUCGCGGCGCCCACCCUCGGCUCGACCCUCUUCUCACGCCUUCUUCGUCCCUUCUCAACUACUAGUAGCAGCUCGCCCUUCUUCCUCUCUCUCACCUCUCCAUCCACUAUCCGCAACAUGUCCUCCACCACCACCACCACCACCACCACCACCACCACCACCCAAACGGCGACCGUCGCCGCCGGCUGCUUCUGGGGCGUCGAGCACCUCUUCCGCAAACACUUCGGUAACGGAAAAGGUCUCCUGGAAGCCAAGGUCGGUUAUUGUGGUGGCCAUAGUGCUUCUCCGUCUUAUCGCGCCGUGUGUACCGGUGAUACGGGCCGUGAGUAUUCCCCUACCCACCAAUCGAUCCCUCCCUCCACCAAUACAUUCCAUCCUGACAAGAUAUAUUUCCCCUUUUUAAGAUGCUGAAGCCCUCCAAAUGACCUACGACCCCUCCGUCGUCAGCUACCGCUCCCUCCUCGAAUUCUUCUACCGCAUGCACGACGCCACCACUCUGAACCGUCAGGGCCCCGACGUCGGCACCCAAUACCGGAGUGUGAU